AUGAUUCUAAAUAUAAGGGUUAUUUUUGAUAACUUGCUGUGUCGCUUAUUUCUUAUCUUUGUCUCGAAAACAAAGCACUCACUCGAUAUCUCCGUGAACGGCGAAAAGCUCAAGACGACUGUGCGAACCCGCGCCGCCAAGAGACUACAGCAGCUCGGCUCUCCAGAAACCCAGACCCCGAGGACGAGGACGCGCCGUUCCAACAACCGCAGAGAAUCCAACGAGGCACCACCACCACGCAAGCGUCAGUGUCGGGAGCCCGAGGUGUCCCCGGAAAAGCUAAAGACGAUCGACGACGACGACGAGGAUGACGAGCUCGACGACGGCUACUUCAACAAUAGAAGCAACUUUGACUGCCUGCACUGCGGCCAAAGCUACAAACAGCGCAAGCUACUCCGUGCCCACGUGGCCGAGGUGCACGGCAUACUGCCGAACAAGUACACCUGCGAGAAGUGCGACAGAGUUUUCAAGUUGCGACAGUCGCUCAGGGAGCACGUGAUCCGCAAGCACACCGAGGGCUACCGGUUCGCCUGCGAGGCCUGCGGCAAAAAGUUCAAGAUGAAGAGCGACAUGUACAUGCACGUCCAGAGCAUCCACGGGGAGGACCACGAGGCCGUCUGCGACGUGUGCGGACAGACCUACCGCAACCCCUUCGCCCUGAAGAAACACAUGGCCCACGCGCACAACCAGAGGCCCUACUCGUGCGACAAGUGCAAGAGACGCCUGGCUACCAAGGAGUCCCUCGAACAGCACGCCCAGCUGCACCUGAGGAAGGAGCGGGCCGUAUGCCAGAUUUGUGGCAAGACUUUUAGCGGCAACGAUGCCUUGAAAAAGCACAUGCGGAUACACACGGGGGUCAGACCAUUUCAGUGCAAGAUUUGCGGAAAGACGUUUAGGCGGCAAAACACCCACAAGCAGCACUUGCUCAUUCACACGGGACAGCGACCCUACGUCUGUGAUAUAUGUGGCAAGGCGUUCACUCAGAAGCCUGGAUUGAUCACGCACAGGAAAUCCAAGCACCCCGGACCCUUACCACCGCUCCCGGUUAUCUCGAUCGAUUACUUCAUCGCCGAUCUGAUUGACAAGUCGAAGAAGCGUGUCGUCGUCGACGAGUAG